CCUCACGACGACGGCCAUCCACGAUGCCGCGCCCCAGCUCCGUGUACAGCGCGGCCGAGACGCCCCAGCGCUCGUCCACAACAAAAGUACCGCUGAACGAUGACAAACAAGAGAAAGCGAAACGCCGCUAUGAUAAGCUUCGGAGAGAGUCGAUGCGGGCUUCUGCGACGCCGAAGCGGAACCGGCGGUCGCUCGGGACCCAAGACAGCCCUCACACGCCCGCGAUAGACCAGGACAUUGACAUGCCUGACGUUACCGGAACCGCCAUUACGCCUAUGAAGCGUCCUGUGCCUCUUCUGGCCAACUUCGACGAAUGGAUCAGGCUGGCGGCAGACAACAAAAUCAAUGCGAACAAUGCCUUCAACUAUGCGCUGAUCGACUACUUCCACGACAUGUCUCUUUUGAAGGAAGGCGACGGGAUCAGUUUUCAGAAAGCGAGUGUCACGCUGGACGGUUGUGUCAAGAUCUACACGAGCAGAGUUGACAGCAUAAACACGGACACCAGCAAGUUGCUCAGCGGUCUAGCCGAGAGCGGAAACAAGAAAAAGCGAGGAGGCGAUGCCGAGGGCUCAGGCGAUGAGGACGAGGACGGUGACGGCGAGGAGGGUGAAGACGGCCAGAAAAAGAAGAAGAAACGGGCACCGCGCGCGAAGGAGUCGAGUCUGGCGGACUCGUUCGAACAGCUCCAGAUCAAGAAGAUGGAUCUCGACCUCUCUGUGGACCCAUUGUUCAAGAAAGCCUCUGCAGACUUCGACGAAGGUGGCGCCAAGGGCUUGCUCUUGAACCACUUGUCCAUCGACAGCAACGGCAGGAUUGUAUUCGACAGCAGCGACGACAUAAAAGAUGGUACACAGCCAUCAAGGGAAACUCCGGCACCGGAGGGGCUCGGAGUAGAGGCAGACGACGAGGAAGAGGUCGAUGAGCCGUCUGAGGACGCCGUCAUCGACAUCUCGGGCUUGGCUGCCAAAUACUUCCCCGAUCUCUCACGGUUAGACGGCCAGGACAUCUGCCCUUCCAUGAAAGCUUUUGAGCUUGGAGAUCCCAACGCAUCAACGAACUUGCCGUUUCUGAAGGCCAUCGAAGAAGAAGAAGAAGAAGAAGAGCCAAAACACCAGGAUGACGACGAAGCUGCUAACCAGUCUGGUAUGUUCCUUGAUGGCGAUAAUGCACCAGACUUCGGUGAUGACGACGGCGCUGGCUUCGACCUACCUCCAGAAGUUGGGUUCGGCGAGGGCGGUGAGCUGUACGCCAACCAGAUUGCACUCGAACCACAAGCACGUGUCCACAACAUCGAAGCGGCCGAAGGCGAUGAAGAAGUUGGUGAAGCCGGCGACGGUGAACUCAAUGCGGAUGAUCCCUACACCUUGACGCAUGGCCAAAAACCGGGUCAAGAGCAGGAAAACAUCCUUAGCUACUUUGAUGAGGCUUUGAAGAAGAACUGGGCUGGCCCUGAGCACUGGCGCAUUCGUCGCGUCAAGGAUUCUGGCAAAACCGUUGCCCCUCCAAAGCGCAAAGAAAAAGAACCUUUCAAGAUCGAUUUCUUCUCCCCGAUGAGCCAGGAGCUGGCAAAUGCGCUAUAUGCUCCGGCUCCAUCAGCAGCCAGCAUCAUGCUGCCUAAAUCGCAGUGGAAGUCAAAGACACGAAACCUAGCGCCAGAUGACAAACACUUCAACUCCCGACAAUUGCUAAGACUCUUCUUGAAGCCAAACGUUCGACUAGGCGCCCGGAGAGUCAACCGACCGACCUAUGGAGACAGGCCAAGUGCAACCGCCAACGACGAGCCUGAUGCCGCGCAAUGGGCAGCUUUGGCAGACGAAAGAGCAGCGGAAGACGAGGAGCUUGCACCGCAAAACGACUACGAUGCCAAUUUCUUCGAGGAUGGCCCGUUGCCAAUGGUUGGCGGAAUGGAUGAUGAUGGUGAAACGUUUGCUGAUGCGCGGGAUCAUUUCUCGCCGCCACCUAGUGACAACAUGGUGCCCAUGUCAUCUAUGCCUCCACCCACCGAAGAGGGCGCGUUCGGAACACAGCUGGUCACUGGAAUCGGAAGAACUCGUCCGAUAAUGUUGAACUAUGCGCGGAAAGCGAAGAACGUAGACGUCCGACUACUGAAGGACAACUUAUGGACUGGUAUGGGCUUGGAAAAGAUUGAAGCACCACCUUCCAAAGAUGCAAUGGACGAUACUGCCUCGAAAGCUGUGGACGGCUCACUCAAGUUCACACAGGUCUUGAAAGACCUCAAGCCCAUGUAUCAUCCACAAAAGUACAAUGAGAUCUCGACGUCUUACGGGUUUAUAUGUCUUUUGCACUUGGCAAACGAGAAAGGACUCGAAAUCAUCAACCAAGAAAACUACGAGGAUCUGUCCAUCAAGAGGGAUUUCACAGCCGAUCUUAGCGUUGGUGUCUAGUUUGUUCCGUUCCAGCGUCUGCAUGCUUCUAUACCACGGGUUGGCGUUCUUGGGCUCGAAAUGUUGCAGGGUUGCAUCUAUGGAAGAAACCGAUAGAGAGCAUAAUGCGGUACGACUUCGAUGCGUAUACAUCUGGUACAAUUUUUUGAAAGGAUCUUAUUGGAUUCUCGUUCCCAAAACAGAUGCGUGAAUGAGGCGUUG